GCUUUAUGUAAUUUUGAUAACUCAUGAGGUUCACAAUAGGCUAAAGGCUAUGUCAUUAUGAACGAAUGAAACGUGGUCUCAUUGUUAAGUUUAAUGGCCAGAUACCUCCCAGAAUUUCAGAGUUCAGACCCUAAUGAAACGGGUAUACCGAUUGUAAGACCACAUCAUGAUAUCAAAAUUUAUAUCAAAUUGGAGAUCCUAAGCUCCUGUAUUCAAAAUUUACUAAAACUAAGUGGCUAAUGGGUCUAAAAAGAUUUCUUCUGUUGUACUGGCAUACCUUGGCCUUUCACAAAUAAAUCUUUGUAUGAGUCUG